ACAUCCAUGGCAACAACCACCUUCGAGCUCCAUAUCGACGUCCAUGGCAGCAGCACCAACAACUCUCCACCACCUUCUCCUUCACGUCCAAACGGACCCAUGGCUGCUGUGUUGCUCCAUCUUCUGCCUCAUCCAAGCUCCUACAAUGGCGAACCCUUCACCAUUUUCUUCGAGCUCGAGUGCGAGCUCUCAUGGUCGUUGCUUCAUCUCCUCCACACGAAUAGUAGCUCCGCCAACAACCAUCCCAUGCUCGCCGCUGCUAUCUCCUACUUCCUCGACGAAAACGACCAGCUGCCUCGACUGCUUCUGCUUCUGUUUCUGCUACGUUGCUGCUGCCAUAGCCCGUUCAUCAGCUGCUUGGGGCAGCGAUGCUGCUGCUUUGUCAAGCAGCUGGACUUAAUACCAGCUCGUCGCUGCUUCACCUCCAGCUGCCUCGACUCCUUCUGCUUCACCUCAUUGCCACCGUCUUCAACCAAACGCCCUCCUGUGUCGUCGCGGCUACUCACAAAACCAAGAUCUUUCUGCUGCUUCCGCGAUGUCCAACCAUGUCCAUCACGUCUAAACCCAAACCCCAUUGCUUCUGCUGUGUUGUUGCUGCUUCGUCAAGCAUUUGAUUCGAAACAAACCCCGUUCCUGCUCGCCAAGAUAUUUGCCGGGCAGAUUCGAGUUAUGUCGGUUUCAAGGUUUUCGUGUAGAUUAUUUUUCAUCAAGUUCUUCGUGGUUUCGAUCCGGUAUACAUUUGUACACUCUCGGCUUGAAGCAAAAAUGAAGUAUUAACCAGGCUUUGUUCAUGUUGAA